CUCUUCACGCAGUUAGGGUUUUCGCGCUGCCGCCGCCGCUUCUUCGUCUCCGCCGCAACGAUGCCGUCGCACAAGACCUUCCGGAUCAAGAAGAAGCUGGCGAAGAAGAUGCGCCAGAACCGCCCCAUCCCCUACUGGAUCCGCAUGCGCACCGACAACACCAUCAGGUACAACGCGAAGCGCAGGCACUGGCGCCGCACCAAGCUCGGCUUCUGAGCGAGGGGAUGGACCUGCUGCUGCGUCGGAAGGCUAGGUUUAAGAGCUAUCUUCCUUAUGUUUUAUGGGCAUUUCAGUGUUUCUGCAAGCUAGGAAGUGAUUCCAGGAUGCUUUUAUUAAGAUUUUGGUGAUGUUAAGAGAGUUGGUAGCACUCUGGUGUACUCUGGAUACCAUGCAUUGCUAUGCUGAGUAAAGAACCCUUGUUACCCUAUA